GCCCAGUAACACGCAGGCGCACUGUAAAAAAUAUAUGAGCUAUCUGUGAUCAGAGAUGGCGGGCGCCUCCGACCCCCUGGAAGAUAUGCUCUUUUCAGAGGUGGAUGAAAAAGCCGUGAGCGACCUAGUGGGCUCAUUGGAGUCACAGCUUGCUGGCCAGAGCAAUCCAGCAGGGAAAACAGACGAAAACGGAGGCGCUGGCUCAGUGGCCCCCGCUAACCAUCACUUAGGAAAAACGCUACCAGCUCCAGUGGGCACCACAACACUAGAACAACAACAACAAGGACGGCGUAAUAAACCUGAGAUGCGCCAGGAGAUCAACUCCAAAGACGUUAGCCCGGAUAAAAGUUCCACAUCUCCUUCUCUGGGCUGUACCCCUUCUUUUGGCGAGCCUUCCACCACUUCGGCUGCCGGUGUUAACGCCACCAGCGGCGGGUCGCAGUCACAUAGAGCAUCCAUCACAACACUGGCUGCAUCUGGUGUGUCAACUUUGACAUCUACGCCAGCCAGCAUCAGCACCACAUCCAGUCGGGGGUCUAAGGUUAACCCGGGCACGAGUGAGACGCCGACGGAAGCUAGCCCACCGAGAAAACGCAUAACCACGCCACGGAGGAGCGCUUCGGCUCGGAUAAAGAGUUUGAACGGCGCAGCUGUAACGACGAGAAGGAACAGCAACACAGCGAUGGCUGAAAACGUUAGCCCCGUGGAUGCCAGUGCAACUACACAGAACUCUACUCGACCGGUGACAUCCUCUAUCAACACUUCGACUUUCACCUUAUCUAACGCUAACCUCCCCGUAGGUCAGUCGGCUAUCGCGCUCGACCGGGGGACCCCUACCAUUGCUUUGCAUAGACUCCCGAGUCAUAUUGUAGCGAGCAUAGCCCAGAACGGGAGCGGGACCAGUGUGUCGGCCUUGGUCCAGCAGGGCACUCGCAUAGGACCCGUCACCUCUUCAGCUUCACAGGGGAACCACGGCAAAACGAUCACAGACACCGGGGCUUCCAAAACAGGCGAUUGUCAAUCCAAAAUUGUAAUGUCAAGCCAGUCUGGUAGUGUCAAUUCUGUAAUAAACACUGUGCCCCCCGCGCCUUGUGUUGUCACACCAACAACUACAGCAGCAGCAGCAGCAGCUACCACAACUACAACAGUAACCCAACCUCUGAGCUCUGUCACAUCUGCUGCGUGUGUUACAGGGGUGGCAACAAGUUCUGUAUGUGGAACUGGUCAAACUACAUCAGUGACUACCACUGUUAGCAUGAUCAGGCCCACAGCCCCCUCCCCAGCACCUGCUGUGGCCACCUGCACACAGUCUCAACCCCGUCCUGGACUUACAGCACCUCAAAGGAUCGUAGCCCCCCAGCUGAUUGUCAGACCACCUCAACAGCAGACGACUAUUCAGCUGCCCCCUGGGUUUACCAUCCCACCGGGGAUGGUGUUGGUACGGACGGAAUUGGGCCAGCUGGUGAUGGUUCCUCAGCAGGCUUUGGCUCAAGUUCAGGCUCAAGCUCAGGCUCAGGCCCAGAACAACAUCUCUCCACGACCUGCCACCCCCACAACAGGAGCAUCCUUCAGAGUAACAACUCCACAGAAGGGCCCUGUGGCACCGGCCGUGGCUGUGACGGCUCCGCAGCAGACCCCCGUGGUUAUGGCCCCGCAGGCCCUGGCCCAGGCUGCCUCCCAGCCAGUGCAGCCUCCGCAGACGGGCAUUGCCCCGGCCCCCGGAGCUCCUGUCGUGUCCCAGGAAAUGCAAGAGAAUGUCAAAAAGUGUAAGAAUUUUUUGGCCACACUUAUCAAGCUUGCGUCUCACAACUCUCCGUCCCCUGAGACUUCCAAGAACGUCAAGGCUCUGGUUCAGGACCUGCUGGAUGCCAAGAUCGAACCGGAGGAGUUUACCAGCCGGCUGCAGACGGAGCUCAAGUCGUCUCCGCAGCCUUACCUGGUGCCCUUUCUUAAGAAAAGCCUCCCGGCCCUGAGGCUGUCUUUGCUGAAUAGUCAGCAGUCCCUGACCCAGCCCCCACAGCAGGGAGUCAAACCGGCACCCGGCGGCACCCCCCCUGCCAUCGUGGCUGGGCCAGCUGUCCGCAUACGCCACCCUAACAGCGUCAGUACCACUGCGGGUGCCAGUGCGCUGCCCGCUGGGACAAUCGGACAUGCAGCUGCCAUGGGUAUGAAGGCAGCGGGCACUGUCAGUGGCCAGGUCCGGAUGCCUGUGGUGAUUACACAGUCUGUCAGAGCGCCAGGCACAAUGGGGAAGGGAGCCAUUAUCCAGGGAGGCAAAAGUCCCAUGGGCUUGACUGUGCAGAUCUCUGGGAAUCAGAAAAACAAGCUCAAUGACCCCGGAGGAGGCUCUUUCAGGGAUGAUGAUGACAUCAAUGACGUUGCCUCCAUGGCCGGUGUGAACUUGAACGAGGAGAGUGCAAGAAUACUCGCCACCAACUCUGAACUUGUGGGAACGCAAAUUCGCUCAUGUAAAGACGAGGCCUUUCUCCACCCGGGGCUGCUCCAUCGACGAAUAUUGGAAACGGCCAAGAAGUUCGGAGUCACAGAGGUCCCUAUGGAGGCAGUGACAUUCAUCUCUCACGCCACACAGUCACGACUUCGUACUGUGGUAGAAAAAGUUUCAACUAUCGCACAGCACCGACUGGACUCCUGUAAGGAUGAUGAGUGCUAUGAGCAGUCUGCAGACGUCCGCUCUCAGCUUCGUUUCUUCGAGCAGCUGGAGCGAAUCGAGAAGCAAAGGAAGGACGAGCAGGAGAGAGAGAUCCUGCUGAAAGCCGCUAAAAGUCGCUCCAGGCAGGAGGACCCAGAGCAAGCUCGACUGAAACAGAAAGCUAAGGAGAUGCAACAACAGGAACUGGCCCAGAUGAGGCAGCGAGAUGCCAACCUUACAGCACUAGCAGCCAUUGGACCUCGCAAAAAACGUAAAGUGGAUUCACCAGGGGCCACCCCAUCAGGGACAGAGGUUUCAGGCAGCACGGCUGGCUCCCUGGCCAGCUCCUCCACCCCGUCCACCUCAUCGCGCCAGUACACACGGCAACGCAUCACUCGCGUCAACCUCAGGGACUUAAUUUUCUACAUGGAGCAGGAGAGAGAGACCGCCCACUCCCUCCUCCUUUACCGUGCCCUGCUCAAGUAGCCUCUGGUCCGCUCAGCGCCCACCUCAACCUCCUCCUCCUCCUCUUCCUUCCCAGCCACGUGCCUUCAGAUCAGGUCUAAUGUUUCAGCUCUGUGUCUCCAUAUGUACUGUAGUGACGUUUGAUGUAGCUCUUAAUAAGGAGAGAGAGAAAGACAGAGAGAGAGAGAGAGAGAGAGAGAGAGAAAAGUAUAAAAAAUAAAACUGUUGUUCUGUGUCUUCUUUGUUUAGAUUCAUGGUGUGUAGUUAGACCAUUCAGUUUAAAGGCCAUAUCAAAUUCUUUGUGUUGAAGUUGAAUUUGUUAUAGGAACAAAGUGGUUUUUGCAUCACAGGACCUGACCCAGACCUUGCACCUUGUAUGUUGGGUAGCUAUUUAUUUUUCAUAUUCUUUGGCAGUAGCUUCAAUGAACCACCUCAAAGUAAGGAUUAUUUUGGUGAAGAGAAUUAUGUUCACACCUCAACACAGCCUCCGGUAUUUCCCACGAGCUAUUUGUUACAUAUAACAUGUUUCAAUGAAUGUAGUUUAGCUGAACUCAAUUAAUUAGAGACUUUACUGAUUUCUAUACCAAGACACCAUACAUUAAGAUUCCAAAUAACAGCAUCAUGUUAAAUUUCCUUACUGUAUGUGUAAAUAGUUCUUUUUGAAUUAUUUUACAGCAUGUAUAUUUUUAUCACAUGUAAGCUUUGUAAGAAAAAGAAUAACCCAUGUGUCAAUAUUAUGAAACCUGAUGUUUUGUAAAACCAUGUGCUUUGAAUGAGUCGAAAUUAGAUGGUUUAUUCUGUUCACCUGUAGAGUAUUUGCUCAGACAGAGUCCCUAUGAAACUUCAGCAAAGGUCAUUAAACAAAAGCUUAGUCGCACAACGACAGCAGUUUAUGAUUGGUCACCUUGUUGCGUGGGGUAGUAUCUUUUAUUUUUUUAUUUUGUUUUAACCCGAAAAUAAUGUGAACAUUGUUUUAAUGACUAGAUGUUUGUAAGAUGUGUACUAUCAUGCUCACUUCUUCAAAAACGUACCUGGUUGAGAAGGAAAGUUUUGGUUCAGGGAGGUCAGUGCUGUAGGACGGGUGGUGACUGGGGAGAGCGAAACAUUCCUUUAACUUUUCCUCUCUGGAGCCCCCUUUCAGCCCCGCCUCCUAUUUUGGUAACGACUGAAUGACAGAAGUUGUCCAUGAAGCGAUUCAGUGCUCAGCACUUAUGCUUCUUUAUAGUUUGAUCCUAAAUUAAAACUCACAGCUGUAUAGUAAUGUUUAACAGUAGGAGAGAACAACUGAUUUCAGCCUAAAGUUUUUCUUUGUGUUACUAAUGAAGAGACAAAUGGGACACACCUGCUUCUUACAUGUCCUAUUGCAUUUUCGUCUUGUUCUGUUCUCUUUUUUUGUUUGUUUGUUUUACAAAUCAUUAUUGUAUUAUGUAAGAUUGUCCUUUAUGUUUUUAUAUUUAACUGAAUAUCUUGGCCUCUAUGCAGCUUUUCUUGUCAUAUUGAAAUUUAUUUAAAUAUGGGUGACAAUUGUUGUGCAUUGUACAUUUUGACAGCACUUUUUUUUAUAUCUAUUUUACCUGACAACUGAAAGCUGUCACUGUAUUAUAGGAAAGAAAUGACAGUAAACAUUAUUGCCAACUUCUGUCACAAGAGACUUAUUUUUAACAAUUAAUAUAUUUUCUUUUCUUUUUUCCUUUUGAAUUGGCUUUUAUGCUCAACACACUUUCAUAAAUUUUAUCUUCAAAAUAUCAUGUUUUAAAGACAAGCACAACAAUGAUGAUUUCAGAUGAUUUUAUUAGUGAUUUUUAUGGUUUCUGGUGGUUUCACAGGAGGACAUUUCUACUACUACUACAGCUUUUUAGCCAAAUUAUUAGGACAAUAUUACUGAUGUAAACAAAUGGAGGAAAUAACACUUCAGUGUAAGGAUGAUUUGUAAAUAUUGUUUACAAAACUAUGUGUUUAUUAGAACCACGUUAUUUUUGGUAAACUCUUGUACAUAUCUUGAAAAUUUCCUGUUUGUGUGAAAAAAAAACAAUACUUAUGUAUUUGUACCUAUUUUGUAAAGGAAUAAAUAAGCUGUUUACUAA